AUGCUUAGUUGUUCUACUCAGUUUAGAUGAAAGAUUUCCCAGAGUGACAAUUUUCAGAUUUUUAGCUUGGCUUGCAGACUAUUUAAUGCCUAUUUUAGGCAAUUUGUGCUUUAUCCCCUUUGUUUCGAUGUGCUUGAAUGUAUUUAUGUGCGACCAUUCUAUUGGAGAUGGCUUUACUGACAGUUUUCUUGCUGCUGACUGUUAUUAUUUUUGCUGGAAAGACGAGCACCUAAUAUAUGCCAUUUUUUCUUUUAUUGCCCUCUUAUGCUAUGAACCACUGGCUGUUCUGUGCAGGCCUUUGUGGCAAGAAUUGCAGCACAUGGUGCAUAUACAUACAGCUCCUCCGUUUUUAAUGGUAAAAACUGUGUUUCAAGUCAUAUUUAUAGUCAUGAAUAA